AUGGCGGAGAUUGUGAUUCUUCUAGCCAUUAAAAAGAUUGGAACCGCCUUGGCAAAUGGAGCGGCAGACCAGGCCAGCACGUUGUUUGCAAAGUACAGGAAGCAAAUACUAGAGCUACAGGGCAGCAUGGGUCGUGUUGUGAGGGAGCUUCGAGUAAUGCAUGAUGUUCUUUUUCAAAUGGACAUCCGAAACCGCAACAAUCAAGUAUACGAGGGCUGGUUGGAGGAGGUACGGAAAGUAGCACAUGUGAUGGAGGACAUGGUGGAUGAGUACUUGUAUCUUGUUGGUCACGAACAUGAUACGGGGUGUUGCUUUUACCUGAAGAAAGGGUUUACAAAACCAAGAUAUCUGGUUUCUUUGAACCGGAUUGCUUUCAAGGUGAAGGAAAUAGAGAAAGACCUAGCACACUUGUCAGAGACAAAAAACCGUUGGGUUCACAUGAUAAACAAUGGGGAUGCUAGCAGCUCAAGUUACAUUGUCAAGAGGUCCAAAGAUCUAGCAAACAUUUCACGCUCCCUUGAUGAAGAAGAUCUAGUCGGUGUGGAUAAAAACAGAGAUAAACUUGAGCAGUGGUUGUUAAGUGAUGAUUUGGAACGCUCUGUGAUAGCACUGCUUGGAAUGGGAGGGCUUGGUAAAACAUCUUUAGCUGCAAAUGUCUACAGGAAGCAUAGAGAGAAAUUCCAGUGCCAUGCUUGGGUCUCCAUCUCUCAAACUUAUUCUACAGAACAUGUCUUGAGGAAUAUAAUCAAGGAAAUUUCCCGAGAUAAAGUCAGUGUGCUAUCUAACACUGCGGCCAUGGACAUCACAUGCCUUGAAGAGACACUGAGGAAAUUUCUAGAGCAACAGAAGUAUUUGAUCAUAUUGGACGAUGUUUGGACUCCAGAAGCAUUUGAUGACUUGUCUAGGGUGCUUAUUAAUAAUAGAAAGGGCAGCAGACUGAUGAUCACAACAAGGGAAGGCGAUGUUGCUGCACUUGCCUCUCAAGGACAUACUUUAACACUGAAACCUUUACCAGAAGAUAAGGCAUGGGAUCUCUUUUGUAGAAAAGCCUUCCCAAGAGAUACAAAUCAUGAAUGUCCUGCGGAGUUGAAUCCUUUGUCUGAGCAAAUAGUUAGCAAGUGCAAAGGCUUGCCUCUUGUUAUUGUGUUAGUUGGUAGCCUCUUGCGUGUGCGUGAGAAAACUGUGGAAGAAUGGAGAAGAAUACAUGCCCAAUUAAGUUGGGAGCUAAUCAACAAUUCAAGACUCGAUCACAUAAGGAAUGUUUUGCAUCUGAGCUUCAUCUACCUUCCAACACACUUAAAAUGCUGUUUCUUGCAUUGCAGCUUAUUUUCAGAAGACUAUUCUUUCAAAAGGAAACAACUUAUACGGUUAUGGACAGCAGAGGGGUUCAUUGAAGAGAGGGGUGAAAGCACAUUAGAAGAAGUGGCAGAAGGCUAUCUGAAGGAGUUAAUUGACAGAAACAUGCUAGAACUUGUCAAGAGAAACUCAUUUGGUAGGAUGAAAGAAUUCAAAAUGCACGAUAUCUUACGUGAAUUGGCACUUGACUUGUGCCAGAAGAACUGUUUUGGUGUUACAUAUGAGGAUAAGCGUGGGGGGUCUUUUGAGAGAAAUGGACGUCGAUUGGUAUUGCACAAACAGAAGAAGGAUAUUCAACAGUCAUUUUCUAGUGUACGCCGACUUCGAACAUUCGUUAUGCUGGAAGAUAGUAUGGUAACAUUUACUCUACUACCUAUGCUAUGUAAGGAGUCAAGAUAUAUGACAGUGCUAGAAUUAAGUGGUCUACCCAUUGAUAAUAUUCCAGAUGCUAUUGGAGAUCUUUUUAAUCUCCGCCAUUUGGGUUUGCGUGAUUCAAAAGUGAAGAUGCUCCCGAGUUCUGUUGAGAAGCUUUCAAAUUUGUUGACACUGGACCUUUUUAGAUCUGACGUACAUGAGCUGCCUAGUGGGAUUGUGAAACUGAAGAAGCUUAGGCACUUAUUUGUUGAGAAAAGAAUUAAUACAGAUUUGAGAGGGAUUAAAUGUUUCAGUGGUGUGCAUGUCCCCAAUGGUCUUGGAAAUCUAACAAACCUGCAAACGUUACAAGCAUUGGUAGCACAUGAUGGGUCUAUUAGACAUUUACGGCAGCUGAGGCAACUGAGAAGCUUGAGGUUAUUGGAUGUGAAGGGAAGCUAUUGUGGACGUAUCAGCGAGUCUCUAGUUCAGAUGCAGUGUUUGUCCCAUCUUGAUGUGAAUGCAAGUGAUGAGAAUGAGGUUCUCUCGUUGAAUGUCCCCCUGCCAAACCUGCAAAGGCUACGUUUGGGUGGACAACUGGCGGAAGGGGCGUUGGAUGAGUCUCCUCUCUUCCAAGCUGCUGGGGGGCAGAACUUGCAUGUUUUGAAUCUAUAUUGGUCACAACUGAGAGAAGACCCCCUGCCAUCCCUUUCACGGCUGUCAAAUUUGACGCAUCUAGAAUUCACCAGAGCAUACAACGGAGAGCAGCUAGCAUUUCUCACGGGGUGGUUUCCCAAGCUAAAGAUUCUCUAUCUGAUAGACCUGCCUAAUCUGAAUUGGCUAGAGAUACAGCAAGGCGCCAUGGCGAGCCUGGAAAGAUUAUACCUUGUCAACCUCAGCAGCAUGAUGGAGGUCCCACCUGGCAUUGAGUUCCUCAUGCCCCUCCAGUUUCUAGGCUUCUUUGAAAUCACCAGUGACUUCUUUUGGUUGCUGGAUCAAUGUUCUGUAGUUGGAGGGACACAGUGGCGGUAUACUCUCCGAGAUUGA